AUGGAUGAUCAUCAAAGUAGUGAUUCUAGUAGUGAUGAAUUUUAUCAAUAAAUUAAAGCUUAAGUAUCAAACAAUUAUAUAUCAAGCUUAAUAACAUGGAAGAUGAAGAAAAGAGUUCAAGAAUUCUUAGUAAACAUGAAAUCUUACCCAAAAUACAAUUUGCACCUCCAGAAACUAAAGAACAAAGAGAAAUUAAUUUCAAUUAUAAACAUUCAGACCAAAUUCAAUUGAUUGGCAAAAUUGAAGCAAUCACCAAAGAAAAUAUUAUUAUCUAUUCAAAUCUUUUAGAAUUUGUCAUUAAUCUUGAUCAAUUAUUAGUUAAUAGCAAAUAAGAAAUCUUAGGAAAGGUUGAUGAUGUCUUUGGCAAAGUAGAAAGACCUCAUUAUUCUAUUCUAUUGGAUGGAUAUGUUAACAACCUAAUUCAGAAUUAAUAAUUACAAAUUGGAGAUGAUGUAUAUAUUAACAUAGAAAAUACUUCUGUUCUUAAUCCAGAAGCAAUUAGAUAAUUGCUUAAGUAAAUUCUUAUUUUAUCUAUAGUAAAAAAGGUUGUGAUGCAUCCAAUCAAUUCGAUGAAGAAGUACUUAAUGAAUGUGAUGUUGAAUUUUCUGAUGAUGAAAUGGAAGCCAUCUCUAAAAAAAAGGGAAAUAAAGAAGAAGGAGAAAUCAAGAAAAAUAACAAGAAAAAAGAAAAACUACAUUAAUAAUAAAAACCAGAAAAGCUACAACCUAAUAAUUAUUAAAAUAAUAAAGUCUAAUUUAAUAAUCAAUAAUAAUAAUAACAAUAAUAAUAAUUAUAAUAAUAAUAAUAGCAACAUCAUUCAAUGAUCUAAAUGUAGUAAUCAAUGUAAUAAUAGUAAUACUAUCAAUAAAUGUUUCUAUAACAAUAAAUGUAGUUGUAAAUGUAAUAGUAAUAAUAAUAUUAAUAAUUGAUUUAAAAUUAGCAACCUUUUUAAUAGCAAUAAUUACAGUAGCCUCAAUAUAUGCAACAAAUAUAUUCUUAACCCUCACAAAUAUCCCAAAACCCUCAAUUCAUUCUACCUUACAAUUAAUCAUAAAUAAACUAAUAAUUAAAUCAAAAUUUGAAUUCCCUUUUUUAAAAUAUUAAACCCUAAGAUUAAUGA